CCAUCUAUAACCUGAUUAAAGCUGACCCGUUGUCAUCAAAUGCAUAGAAUGUGUCUACCAUUUUCGCUAUCACGACACAGGCGUUUCAAGGAACAAAAUGCCCUGGACAUAGAGCAGCAGCACACAAUGGAGGAACUCAGGCCGGGCCUUACCACCGUCUAUAGCGGUCAGGAUCCUGUUGUUGACCCGAAUAGAAACCCUAUCAAAUCGUUUACGUCCACUGCAACUGGAAAAUUCUGGCUUGGUGAUGGCGAUAUGCUCCCAAGAGAUAUUCCAAAUUGUCGCAUCCUCACAUUUAGUUAUUCUGGUUCAGACAGCAUAAUGGCAUCUGCAACGCAGUUGGUGGAAAGCUUGGUUUAUAAUCGCCGUUCAGAGGGUAAUAUCGAGAGACCAAUCAUGUUUAUUUGUCAUUCAAUAGGAGGGAUUAUUGCCAAAAAGGCACUAACCCACUCUAAAGAUUGUGGGAAUAUAGCAUUAGAGGCUGCCAAUUCAAUAUAUGUUUCAACACACAGCCUCCUUUUUAUUGGGAUGCCAAAUAAGGAAACAAGCUUUGGUAACCUUGCUGCGGUCUUACAGCCCGAGGGAGUUAGUGCACAAGUACUCAAUCCUGGCUUUCUCAAGGACGUCGAUGAUAGGUUCCAGCCGAUUAUGAAUCGCUAUCGUAUAUCCUCUCUCUGGGAGAUUUCACUCUCAGAAAUAGAAGACCGCAAUAUGGAUAAUAUAAUUAGAAAUCAUCUUGGCUCGUGUCAGUUUCCAUCUCGAGAACUGGCCGAAUAUAAGAAGGUGUCAGUAAUCCUGAGACGCUACUCUAAGCAAGCACCUCAAGCAAUUCCACCGAAAUGGGCGCAGGCAAGAGCUAUAUUGAAACUGGAACGGACGUAUGAGAGGCAGAGUCAACUAGCACCAGCAUUCUUCCCAAAGGGGAAAGUAGUAGAAGAAAGGUUAGAAGACUAUUUUCACUAG